AUGCCAUCGCCGAAUCUUUGCUCCGCUUGUUCUGGCAUCUUUGAGGGACAUUACGUGCCUUCAAACGUGCUGCAAGAACGCAAACUACUUGCUCUCGAGGGAGCCGCCUUUGUUCCUUCAGGAUUCACAACAGGCACAACGGAAUGGAGAGUAAGGCUAGAUUCUGGCCCAGGUCCGGAUGAUCCUCCAAAGCCAUACGUCCAUCAUACAAUACAAGCUCUGGAGGAGUCUGCAAAUGCUUGCGUGCUCUGCGCCAUGAUCUGGCUGCGGCUGCAGCAAGACAUUCACCCCAUAACGUUGGCAGAGCUACAGCAGGAUGACGUUGUCGGUAUCCCGGCUAUCGAGGCAGGAGAGACUUCUUAUUGCGGCAGCUUCGUUCUUGGAAUAUGUUUUUCGAAAGUUGAAGGCGAGAAGCUUGUUGGGCGCCAGUUCCAUUCGUUUCGUGCCUUCAAGGCAAUCAAAAUAAAUGCAGACAAUAGAGAUACUUGGAGGCCCAAGUUUGACCGACAAGUAACACUGGAACGCAUCAGGACCUGGCUCGAGUUGUCUACCCAAAGCCUGAACUUGGCACCUCGGUUACCAACGAGAUUGCUUCAUUGUCAAGCAUCUGCACCUUCUCAAGACCCGAUAGUUAGGCUUGUCGAUGCUCACGAUCUGGGCCCGUCGACUAGAUAUGCUGCCCUCAGUCAUCGCUGGGGCGAAAUACAACCGCUCAUGCUGAAGCAUGAGUUGGUCGAUGCCUUCUACUCCGACAUUCCCUUUACGGCCAUCCCGACUACUUUCCAAGACGCAAUCAAGUUAGCCAGCACCCUGGAUAUCCAGUACAUCUGGAUUGACUCCCUCUGCAUCAUUCAAGAUUCAAAGGAAGACUGGGAUGCUGAAGCCGCACACAUGGCAUCCGUCUAUUCUCAGGCGUAUGUCACUAUCUCUGCCACGGCUGCCAAAGAUUCAUCUGCAGGGUUGAAGCAAGACUCGAUGCUAAAACACCCUUGCGAAAUCACACCGACGUGGACUGGCUUCGAGGACUCUGAAAUGCCAACGACAACAACUAUGAGGCUCAUCGACAGAUCUGCUUUCUGCGACCAGGUCUUAUCGCAGCCCCUUUUCCGUCGAGGAUGGGUCUUUCAGGAAUGGAUUCUCUCUCCAAAGACCCUUCACGUUGCUAGUGACCAGCUCUGGUGGACAUCUGCUUCCGACAUGACUUCUGGGGGAUUUGCCUCGCACGAGACGUGUGAAGGGUUUGCUUUUGACGUUAAACAACAGUUCACCCGCACCAUGCCCCUUGGAACCCUCUACUUAAUGGGAGGCAAGAGCGCCGAGAGCCUACGGCCGGUCUGGCAUCAGCUUCUGCAGGAUUACCUAUCGCGAUUUUUCACCUUUGAGUCGGAUCGUCUGAUUGCCUUUGCUGGCAUCGCGUCUCUGUAUCAGACUCUGGCACGAUUACCCCCAGGCUCAUAUCUUGCGGGUAUCUGGCGCCAAUCACUACUUAGAGAUCUCCUUUGGACUGUAAGAGAUGGGAGAAAGGUGUCUCCUCCACAGAAAUACCGAGUUCCAUCGUGGUCGUGGGCUUCAGAGGAACCAACCCAUACCCUGUCUGGGACAUUUGGCAUUGGCAAUAUCAACUUGAACGCGGAUCUCGAAGAGGACGAAGAGCCUUGGGUCCCUGCUGCAGAAGUCAUAGAAGCGUCGGUCCAGACAACUGGGCCAGAGCUUGGACCUGUUUCUGGAGGCCAUCUCAUCCUCCAAGGCCCACUGAUCAAAGCUCGACUCGUGCUCAAGGUUGAAGAUCUCACCGGUCAAUUUACACCUGAGCAGGCUGCAGAGUUUCUUCCAGGGGGGAAUUUGCGAUAUGUUCGAAACCUGGUGACUCCGACUACGGAGAAAAGUUCGGAUAUCGAUGACUUGGAAGUCUCUACAUCACCUUCCAAGGCUGAUCUCGAUGACGUUUUCCCGUUCGUUCCAUCCAAUGGGGAAAUGACCAUAUACCUUGGUGUUCUUCACUGCAGAGUGGACCUGGAGGGCUCUGCUGAGAGUUAUGCCUUGGCUCUUGUGAGAGGAUGCGAGAAGGGGGAGUAUCGGAGGAUUGGGUACGUCAAUGUUCAGAGGACUAUUAUGGGCUCUUGGAUAGACAAUCGGGACUGGGGAGUGUUUGAUCCUCUCACGGAUCAAGGAGAAUAUCUCAGCAAGGGUGACCAGCCCGGGAUGUAUAAUUAUCGUAUUGUCUAA